CUAGCGUUACUCAUUCAAGAGUGUUUUUUUUUUCAGUUAAAGUCUGCACCAUGAGACAAAACAUAACUCUUUUUAUUCUUAGUGCUCUUCUUGCUAGAUGCUCCUCUCAAGUUACUAGAUGUGACAUAGACGACCCUAAUGGUUUAUUAGGAUGGGAUACUUCCAUUGUUUAUGUUGAUCCAAUCUAUGACUCUGAGAGCUUAGACUUACAAUUUACAUAUAGAGGAGACCUUCAAGUGGCGGCGGGCAGCGAGGAAGAAGGGGCCAAAUACAUAGAUGUUACAGCCGACGGUUCAACUUUGAGCAUAAAAACCAAUGAUUAUUUCAGAAAUAAUUAUGAAGAAGAUCAAAAAGACCAACCAUCUGGUACCUCAUUUACUAUUUAUCGAACCCUGACAAUAACAUGUGAUGGCACAACUUAUCCAUUUAAUCUAGCACUAUAUGUACAAGACACCAAUAAUCAUGCUCCCACAUUUACACAAGAUACCUACACCUACGUAAUACCAAUGCCGCUGGUACCCAAUAUUGAUCUCACAAAUUUUGGCGAAGUAUCAAUAAUUGCCGAAGACAUCGACUUUUCCAACACAAAGAUGCACUUCAAUAUUGUUCCCCUAGAAUAUUUUGCAUUGGACUAUAAAGCUUUGGGAAACAGGCAGUAUCAAGCAAUUUUGAAAGUUUCACAAUACGUGAGAUACGACAAUAAUUUGACACUGACGAUCGUCGCAAUUGAUGAAACUGACCCGUUUAACACUGCCGCAGCUACAGUUAUAAUUCAGAAGGACAAUGACUUUAGUCAGCCUGAAGUUCCAACAUUUUCAGAGCUUAUAUACGCAUUUACUUACUCUAAUGAUGGCGGCAACCCUGUCAUAACACCCGACGACCCCGCACAAGAAAUUGUGGUUACUACUAGUGACUCAGAGCAAACUGACGUAACUAUAAAUGAUGACACAUACUUCAAAGCUGACUAUGACAAAACAACAAACAAAGUCACAAUCUCGGUUACAGAUACACCAGUGGACUCAGUAUCCGAAUGUGUGAUGACUUUGACGCUAACGGUAACCCUCGGUUCUGAAAGUAGCGAAUCGGCCAUCAUUGUCAAGCUUCCAAGUAGUGUCGACAUCAAUGGACCGGAUUAAUAAAGUUUUCCUUUUACAAUGUUGCUACGUAUAUCGACUUCAAUAAAAAAAGAUUUUUAUUACUGUAAGAAA